AGUUCGCCUUCUAGCGAGUUGCGGUGGCAUCUGUCGUGUUGUUAUUAUUGCAAACAGGCGAGCGCCGCGAUCAUGGCCAGUUUUCAGAUCCGGAAGUACCGGGACGACGACGAGGAGGCCGCGAAGGAGAUCUUCACCCUGGGGAUGAGCGAGCACGUGCCCUCGUCCUUCGUGCACCUGCUGAAGCAGCCGCUGACCCAGAUGGUGCUGACGUGCGUGUUCUGCGCGCUGCUGGCCAGCUCCAAGUCCUUCCUGUUGCCCACGCUGGCCGUCACCCUCCUCCUGGCGGGGGCGAGGCAGUUCGUCGGCUACAUGUUCACCAGCUACAUCGACGCCUCCCUCAAGAAGGACCUAAACCGCAUCUGCGACACCUACCUGGGGCACAAAGACUCGUGUUUCUGGGUGGCGGAAAUCGAGGGUCGGGUGGUCGGCACGGUGGCCUGCCUGCCCGCCGAGCGCGCGGCCGGCUGCCUGGAGCUGAAGCGCAUGUCCGUGCGCCGCACGCACCGCGGGAUGGGCAUAGCCAAGGCUCUGUGCCGGACGGUGGCAGAGUUCACCCGCGAGAGGGGCUACCAGGCCGUGGUGCUGUACACCUCGGUUGUGCAGACCGACGCUCAGAAGCUGUACGAGCACAUGGGCUACACGAAGAUACGAGAGUUUGUCGUCCCCGAGUUUGUCGCAAAAAUCACGAAUUUCUCACUGGCUGAGUACAGGCUGGAUUUACAGCAAGGCGGUAGAAGGGACUGAAAGAAUAAGCUUUCGAACGACUUUAAAACCCGCAGAGAUACUGGAAAGGUUGUGCAUUUCAGAUAUUGUCCCGGAAUAAAAUGACGCUGCAGAAGAUGGAUGGACCGCUCUCACUUUACAUACGUGCACUGGGUGGCUGGGCUGCUUAUGUGUUCCUGCAUUUCUUUGAUUAACCUUCAUUGGAUCACUCAUUGUUGUCGAUCAGGUGUAAUGUUACUAUGGAUGAAUAUAUUCCUGGUGUGCAUUCCAGUACUUGGUGUUCAUUGUCCUGUAGAAUAUGUUUGAUUUUGUAAAUUCUUAUUCAUGCCUGUUGAACACUUAAAAUGUUAGAGUUAAAAUUAAUCUCUUGUUUUAGGGGGUGGGGCUGUACAAAAAAAUGCCACGUUGUGAUUAUUUUGUUAUUCUGGACUUAAGUUUGUUUUAAGAUAUUUUAAACUAACCCUUGUGUGGUAAAGGAUGAGGAAAGACUGACAUGAGAGGUUGUAUAAGCAUGAAUUAAACUGAAGCCCUUCCAGUGUUUCUCAACCGAGUCCUCAAGGACCCCCUAUCCUGCAGAUGUUCAUUGUAACCCUGCAUAUGUAGCUCUGCUUGUACUUACUCAACCAAUCAUCUCACAGCACGUAAUUAUGCAAGGUGUGCAAACUCUGACAUUCACUGCUGAAUUACUACAAACAGGUACCUAUUCAGGGUUGCAAAGAAAAUCUGCAGGAUAGGGGUUCCUUGAGGACUGGGUUGAGAAACACUGCCUUAGACAAAGCAUGAUAUGUAAGACCAAAAACAUUUGACAACAAACAGUUGCUUUUCUUGUGUCAUUUUAUGUUAGACGAGGGAGAGUGCUUAUCAUUACCCGAAAAUACACAUCAAUACUGUUUACAACUAACAGUGUUCAUCAAACUUGGUCUGUAGAGUUUUAACUAUGGCGUUAAUCUGAAAACGUACUUUCAGUUUGAAUGUUGAAUCUCCAGCCAAAAAUAAAUUAUGAACUCCACUUUUUUUUUCAACUGAGUUGUGUUCUUCUCUCCAGGGGACACAGGAUGGCCAGUUUUCGAAUCCGCGCGGGACAAGGACUAUGAUCUGGUCUGGGAAGUGUACUCCGUGGGUUUUGCCGGGCAUCUGAAUGCUGUUUGUAUUUAGGCCCUUGGGCAGGCCCUGGGUGCAGCUUACUCUGCUCACAUUUCUUCCGGCGGUCGGUGUCUGGUCAGGCUCCCUCCUUUCCUCUCUACUUACCACAGCCCUCUUGCUGCUGACCGCCCGGGAGGGAGUCCGCUACCUGUUUUACCAGGGGGGUCC